AACCAUCUUUCACACCCGGUACCUUAGUCAUUAAACAGACGUUCCCACCCGGAAAGGAUUUUUCGUAGUACACGUAAAACGCUGCUAGCGGAAGACAAAAUAAAUAAAUAAAAUAUUGUUCAACAUGGCAGAGACUCACAGCUUGCAGGACAUGAGGCAACAAACAGCCAUUGCUGCCAAAGUCUUCAUUCAAAGAGAUUAUACUAACGGCACUGUGUGCCAGUUCCAAACCAAGUUCCCUUCUGAGCUGGAGACCCGGAUUGAAAAACAGCAGUUUGAGGAGACGGUGCGGACGCUGAAUAACCUGUAUGCUGAAGCUGAGAAGCUUGGGAGCCAGUCAUAUAUUGAGGGCUGUCUGGCUUGCCUCACAGCGUACACCAUCUUCCUGUGUAUGGAGACUCACUAUGAGAAGGUUUUGAAGAAGAUUGCAAAGUACAUUCAGGAGCAGAAUGACAAGAUCUACGCACCACGAGGCCUCCUGCUCACCGACCCCAUUGAGAGAGGCUUGCGAGUCAUCGAGGUCACCAUCUUUGAAGACAGAAGCCUGACUAGAUAAAAGCUGGCACACAGCCAUUUAGCUGUGUGGAGCAGCCCAGCACCAGUACCCACCUCCCUGAGGACCACCCACAACUGCGCCCAUAAUACUGCGUCUCUACAAUCUGUCUCUUUCCACUUCUGUUACUAUCAUGUACAUACACUUAUUUCAUUAUUGUUUUCUUAUUUGCAAUGUUGCAUUCUUUAGGUUGAGGCUUAGUUUGUUAUAAGGUUGUAGUUGGAGAAAGGUAGAGGAUGUCAUGGAAAAACUGAUAGACUAACACACACUUUAACAUUCUUCAAGCCGUGAUUAAUUAUUCUUUUUUUUAUUUUUGACAAACACUUUUUUGAUUAGUAGUACUCAUGGAAUUCUGACCUUUUUUAUGACCUUUGUCUUUUUUUGGAUGCUCCUUUUUGAAUAGGCCAACAAACAGGGUAACUUAUUUUUAUGAUGGUUUAUAGAACUCCCCCACAACCAUGCUUUCAGUGAUUGUCUUGGCUGAACUGAUGAUAUAAUUUAAUUCUGGUGGUGUUAGUGCACGUGCCGCACCUUAUUUGCUUUCAUUCAUAUUUAUAUGUUCUUGCAAGAGUUGCUUUGUGCUUAUCACCUUUUCUGCAUUGUUCCUUUGUGGAGUUAAGAGACGACUGAACUUUGUCAGGUUCCAAACAUUCCAGUCCAGUGUCACAGAUACAAAUAUUCAUGUACAGUAUAUAUUUUCUUCUCAUGUUAAUUUGAGAGUUUCUUCUUCUGCUCUCUAAAAAGCCAGAAUAUGUGCUUGCUUUGCAUUUAGCAUGUACUAUUUUUAAUGCUACUUCCAGAGUCAUGGUUAUGUAUUUGUAAACUGUGUGAUGCAUAGUGUUUGACUGCCGUACUGCUACUGUUUUUGACAUGUCUAAUAACCCUGUAUUUUACAGUGAGAUUGCCUUUGACCUAAGUAUUAAAAGUGCUCUUGUUAGUUGA